GAGACAACAAGUUAGCUUACCCUGUCUAUAUCUUAAGGUCCAAAUUUUUAAACGUCGCACUUUCUCAUACAGGCUCAUCAAGUCACAGUGAGAUUUUGUAACAAAACAGCACAUCUACUCAGCAAAAAUGCGUGAAUGUAUCUCUAUCCACGUUGGACAAGCCGGAGUCCAGAUCGGCAAUGCAUGCUGGGAAUUGUACUGUCUCGAGCACGGGAUCCAGCCCGAUGGCCAGAUGCCCAGUGAUAAGACAAUAGGGGGCGGAGACGACUCCUUCAAUACUUUCUUCAGUGAGACUGGGGCUGGCAAACAUGUACCCAGAGCUGUCUUUGUGGACCUCGAACCAACCGUUGUCGACGAGGUUCGAACUGGCACCUACCGUCAACUGUUCCACCCAGAACAGCUCAUAACCGGCAAGGAAGACGCCGCUAACAACUAUGCCCGUGGUCACUACACCAUUGGCAAAGAGAUUGUCGAUCUGGUUCUAGACAGAAUCCGAAAACUCGCUGAUCAGUGUACCGGUCUUCAGGGAUUCCUCAUCUUCCAUUCCUUCGGUGGUGGUACCGGCUCUGGUUUCACCUCCCUGCUCAUGGAACGUCUCUCCGUCGACUACGGAAAGAAGUCCAAGCUUGAAUUUGCCGUCUACCCUGCUCCACAGAUUUCCACUGCCGUCGUAGAGCCCUACAACUCUAUCUUGACUACUCAUACCACCUUGGAACACUCUGAUUGUGCCUUCAUGGUUGACAACGAAGCUAUUUAUGAUAUCUGUCGCCGAAAUUUGGACAUCGAGAGACCAACCUACACAAACUUGAACAGGCUUAUUGGUCAGAUUGUAUCUUCUAUCACAGCUUCACUGAGAUUUGACGGCGCCCUUAAUGUAGAUCUGACCGAGUUCCAGACCAACUUGGUACCAUACCCACGUAUCCAUUUCCCAUUGGCCACAUAUGCUCCUGUCAUUUCUGCUGAGAAGGCCUACCACGAGCAACUCUCCGUCGCCGAAAUCACCAACGCCUGUUUCGAGCCUGCCAACCAGAUGGUAAAAUGUGACCCACGUCACGGCAAGUACAUGGCCUGCUGUAUGUUGUACCGCGGUGACGUUGUACCUAAGGACGUUAAUGCUGCCAUCGCUACAAUCAAGACAAAGAGAACCAUUCAGUUCGUUGACUGGUGUCCAACUGGUUUCAAGGUUGGAAUCAACUACCAACCACCAACUGUGGUUCCAGGUGGAGAUCUGGCCAAGGUACAGCGUGCCGUUUGCAUGUUGAGCAACACGACAGCCAUUGCCGAAGCAUGGGCCCGUCUCGACCACAAGUUUGAUUUGAUGUACGCCAAGAGAGCUUUUGUCCACUGGUAUGUUGGUGAGGGUAUGGAAGAGGGAGAGUUCUCCGAGGCUCGUGAGGAUUUAGCUGCCCUCGAGAAGGAUUACGAAGAGGUUGGAGUAGACUCUGUUGAAGGUGAAGGCGAAGAAGAGGGAGACGAAUAUUGAACAUUUUAAAACGUAAAAUAUAAAGCUUCUAUCACAAACACCAUUGCAAUAAAAAGAAAAGAAUUUGACAUCAUUAAAAUCUAUAUGGCCUUGUUAGAUCACAAUAUGUUUUGCAACAAUGCCAGUUUAAGGCUAUUUGUAAAAUGUUAACGUAAAUGCACAUUUACGCAAUCGUAUUUAUAAUAAAUUGAUACUGUUCUCGUU